AGAUAAAUAUUUUCUGUUUCAAACUGCCUCUAGCCACCUGCUUAGUUUCAAAAUGUUUGUAAUACUUUUUCAAAUAUCUAUUUGGUAUCCAUGAAUAGUAGAAACCAGAACCAUCUUACCAUAGGGAGUGUUGCCUGAACAGUAAUAGAGAAUAACAUUUCACCAUAUUUGCAAUAUGCAUGGCAGAUAUUAGUGCUUUCAUAAAGUAACCAGAUCUGUAUAACAGAUGUAAAUACUUCUCUGUCAAUAAGGAAAAUCUCUGAAGCUAUAUGUUGUUAUACUUUAUUUAUGAAGUUAAAUUCUGAGCAGUUUUACUCUGGAAUUUUUUUUGGGGGGGGGUUGUUGUUAAUAGGUGCAAUCCACUUUGUGUCCUACAUGCCUUCCAGAGUACUUGAAGAAAUUGCAAAGAUGUCCCCAACAUCUAAUGUGAGAGAGGAAGAAAAACUUUUCUCUAUCCACUUUCUCCAUGCUAUGCACAAUUUUGUAAGCUGCUAUCAUGUCACCUCUUCUCUAAACUAUUAAGUCCCAAAUUGUGCAACCUUUCCUCGUAGGGGAGUUGCUCCAGGCUCCUGAUCAUUUUGAUUGCCGUUUUCUGAACAUUUUCCAACUCUACAAUGACCUUUUUGAGGUGGGGCAAGAACACAACAGCUGUAUGUUCCCCAAUAGUUAAACAAGUAUUGAGCAAAGCAAUAGUAAAGGUCAAGAAUAGAUUUCUAAGCAUCGUAUCUGAUGUGAUCCCUUUUUUCCUACCAUGGGAAAAAUCUGACAGUGGGCAGGAAAUCAAGUUGUUGCUUUUUUAAAAAAGAGAUCAAUUGAGACUUUUAAGUUAAGACAUCUCUGCUUUUGUUUCAGCUCUAUUUGUUUCUAAUUCUAUAUAUUUAUUUCCACAUAUAUAGCUACUAAUGCUUCUGGAAGUGCAGAAGAAAUAAAAGAAUUAGAAAUCGUCUUUGCAGCAUAGAACAGCUAUUUGAUCCUACUUGUUUCCCAAGAUAUGUGGUUUUAGCAUGUACAAUACUACAGAUAUAUAUGAUGAUGUUGAUGAUGACAUUCCAACUCAGUAUGUCAUUCAGCAAAGUUUGCAGGACAUUCAGAAGAGUGAGAAAGAGGCUACAGCAAGAAAUGACAGCUUUAGUUUUGCUACAAGUACAGAUUACAGGAAGAUCAUCACUGCCAUUCGGACAGGUGAAGAAGAGGCUUUGCUUAAGUUAAUGAGAUGUGGCUCUGCUUUUCGGGAAGCAGACCAGCAAGGGUGCCUUCCUUUACAUGAAGCUGCAGCACAACCCAACAAGAAUAUUCUAGAAAUAACUCUGAAAGCUUCACGCCCCGUGGUGUGGCAACUGACAAACCUGAAAGGGGAAACACCUCUGUUUGUAGCAGUGGACAAAUGUCUUGAGAAAAACGUCAAAUUUCUCCUGAUCAAUGGUUUUAAUCCUGAUGUGAAGAAUGAAGAAGGAGAUUCUGCUUUAAUUAUUGCAAUUAAACACAAUUCGUACGAAAUUGUCUCCUUGCUGAUACAAUUUGGUGCCGAUGUCAAUCUCCAGUGUGUCAACAAAAGGACAGCUUUACAUGAGGCGGCCAGGCUAGGCUUCAAAAACAUGGUGGAGCUUUUGCUUUGGUCUAAAGCAGAUCCGGAUCCACGGAGUGCGUAUGGACUCACCCCUCUAGCACUGGCAGCGCAGAAUGGGCAUACAGAAAUUCUGGAAAUUCUAUUGCGUAAAGGUGCCAAUGUUCUUUCCCAGGCAUCUGAUUGUGCAUCCAUAUUAUUUGAAGCUGCUGGAGGAGGAAAUCCCGAUUGUGUCUCUCUUCUACUAGAGUAUGGAGCUGAUGCUAAUGUACCAAAGCAUUCAGGUCACCUACCCAUUCACAGAGCUGCUUAUAGAGGACACCUCUUAGUUGUACAGAUCUUGGUUCCAGUGACGGACAGUGCUGCCAUCAAGGAGAGUGGGAUCAGUCCAGUUCACUCUGCAGCCGCAGGUGGACAUCCUCAGUGCCUUGAGUUCCUUCUCAAAUCUGGAUUUGAUGCCAAUUUUAUGUUGCAUCAGAGAAUUCGCAAAGGCUAUGACGACGAGAGGAGGUCAGCCUUGUAUUUUGCUGUCUCUAAUGGGGAUAUUGACUCUGUUCAGUUGCUCCUGGAUGCUGGAGCCCUACCAAACCAAGACCCAGUUAACUGUCUCCAGCUGGCCUUGAGAAUGGGCAACUACGAGCUCAUUGGUAUCCUGCUUCGCCAUGGGGCCAAUGUGAACUAUUUCUGUAGGGUUAAUACAACACAUUUCCCAUCAGCUCUGCAGUACACGUUGAAAGAUGAAGUAAUGUUAAGGAUGUUGCUGAAUUAUGGGUACAAUGUUCACCGCUGCUUCGAUUGUCCUCAUGGAGCCAGUGUGCAUUCCCAGUACAUAUUUGAAGGGUGGACCUCAACUGUUAUCAAAGACACAAUGUUCUGUGAGGUGAUAACAGUAGCGUGGUUAAAGCACCUGUCUGGGAAAGUGGUGCGUGUGAUGCUAGAUUAUGUUGAUCAUGUCAAGAUCUGCUCUAAGCUUCAAGUUGUACUUCAAGAACAGAAACUCUGGCCAGAAAUCCACGAAAUUUUGACAAACACCCGUUCUCUGCAACAUCUUUGUCGUUUGAAAAUCCGCAAGUGCUUAGGACGCUUGCGUCUACGCUGCCCUGUCUUCCUUACAUUUCUGCGAUUACCAAACCGUUUGAAAGACUACAUUCUCUAUAAGGAAUAUGAUCUCUAUGGACAAGGAAACCUGAAAGGAAUCUACUAAUGCAGAAGCAGAACCAGUGGAUAUGCUCCCAGUUCCAUGGCUGAAGGAUCUUAUGCAUGCUUCCCUUCUCCCCAAAUAUUCCUCACUGCUUGCACUCUGGAAGCUCCAGGAAGAAAAGGCACAACCGAUUCUUGGCCUGGACAUGUGUGAUUCUCAGGAGUGCUUCAUUUAUUGGUGUCACACCCUUGGGCCUUGCCACCUCAGCCAGAUCUACUGUUAUAGGACCCAGUAUUACAAGAAGAACCAGGGCGGUUGAGACAGACAGCAUGGUGCUUGAGCAGCAAUGUUUAAGUCUAAAUGACAUCUCAAUGUGGAACCCAUUGUGGAACCUUCAGAAAAUUCUUUUGGUCUUACAGCAUCAUCCUAUUGAGUCACUGAAGUCUAUGCCUCUCCUGCUCCUGUCCUUCCAGGUAGUGUUCUUAGUUGCAAUCACAUUGGAUUCAGAGCCAAGUGCUCUUUCUUUAGCAAGAUAUCUGUGCUUUUUCAUAAGGACAGUGUGAUAUAAAGAGUUGUUCCUUAUUCUGUGCCAAAGGUUAACACUAGCUUCCAUGGUAAACACUGUCAACUUUUUGCCCUGAUCUUGUCCAUUCCCUUGGUGUGAGAAAGGCGAUAAUGUACCCUUUUAAUGCCCUCCUCACAUCAACAGAAUGAUAAACUUUAGACAAAGCCUCUUUUGUGUCUUUUCAUCCUACAACCUUUGGUUAAAAGGUACCAUCCGCUAUCAUAGCAUGUUGGCUUAUAACAGCAUUUAUUUCAUCCUAUGAAGCAUUAAAGUUACCUGUACCAAGAAACAUUAUGGUUCAUUUAAGUAAAUUUAAGACAACCACAGCAGCCUUCCCUACAAAUGAAUCUAUUUUGAGACCUGACUGAUGGGUUGAUCUUUACCAAAUGCAAUCACAAAGCAUUAUAAAAUUGUUACUUAUGUCUUAGGAGGCACGUGAUAUGUCUUGAAGACAUAGACAGCAUGCUUUCCCCACCUUAAUAUUGCCUGCUUUUGUGCAUCCCACUUGCUGGACUAUCAUUCAAGAAGGUGGCACUGUUGAUCUCGCCUGAAACAUGUCUCCUUGAUGAUAGUCCAUGAAGGCCUCAGAUUAUAUGUUAGGGUAAGGGCAGCUGUCAGUCAGCAUUAUCUUCAAAUGAAUUUUCUUUUAAUGUAUUGUUAUCUGUAACUUGUAAUUUGUUUUACAAUUUCUACUUUUUAACAUGUUCUUCAAAUUUUAUGUUUAUUUCUGUUUGAUAUAUAACUGUGAUGGGGAAGCAGAUAUGGUAGCAAUGCAGAUUGUGUUACAGUGGUACCUCAGUUCUCAAUGCCUUUGAAGUCAAACAUUUCGGAAUUCAAAUGCCAAAAACCCAGAAGUAAAUGCCUCAGUUUUCGAACGUACCUUGGAACUUAAACAGGAAACGCAGCUUCCGUUUUGAGUUUUCCAUAUUGAGGGUUGCGUUUUGAGGCUUCUGCUUUCAGUUUUCGAACUUUUUGGUCCUGGUCAUAUCGUGAAAGGGGCUGGCUAGGACAGAGUGAGCAGAGCAACCUACUUUCUUGAAUUUGAUGCAUUUCCUGCCUUUCUCACUUGACGGAUGAUUACCCAAGAGAAAAACCUUUCAGGUUAGACCAGUGGCCCCUUUUCUAGCAAGUUGUGGGACAUGUACACACCACAUAAACCAGAUACUUGCAAAUUCAUGGUUAGAUGUCUAGACUUUGACAAUGGGAAUUCCACUAUUACGCAGGUAUAAACGUACUCUCCCUUAAUGUUUCGAACAUACAGAUUAUAUAUGGGAACAAUUGACAGGUUUCAGUUCCACAAAGAGCAUUAAGCCCUUUGAGAUCAAUAUUUAACAGGAAGAUAAAAAAUAACUGGUUAUAUAAAUGAGAAAAUUUGGUAUUAUACACAUUAUAAUACAGUGAUUUAACAUACAUGUAUACACACACAUAUACAUAUCUAAAUUGCAGGUGACAACUGCUAGAGGUUAGCUUGAAACAUGAGAACAAUGCAACUCAUCUGUCAGAUGAAGUAAACUGGUUAUAUCAAAUUUUAUAUUUUCUGGGAGCACUGUUAAAUAUGGCUCUAAGGGCUCAAAAAAGUGGUAUAAUUUAAUAUAGAUUUGCCAGCUGAGCUGCCCAAAAAUAUGAAAACUUAAUUAAAAUUAGUCUACCUUACAAUGAAGAGAACUAUGAACUAUAUGGGUGACAUUCCCUCAAUCUUAUUCUAAGGGAGACAGAAGAAGAUGGCACUACUGCUCAAUGGGCUCCUGCAGUCCAUUCGGUUUACUGGAGUGAUAUCCCUCUCCUUCAGAUAGCUUAGAACAGAAACACCCCCAAUGUGUAUGAAAAAGCUUCUUACCACACAUUACAAUGAAGUGUUAUAAAGGCCAAAAUGAAUUUCCCCUCCACAGCUCUCUGGAGAAGGGUGGAAAAGGUCUGGCGUAUUCUGAAAGGUCCUGAAUAUUGGCUGCUGCACUUUCUUUUGCUACAGAAGUCCUAAAUUCUCCUUUGGGUUUACUUUUCCCCAAAGUUAGGUGUUCUUAGGAACUGAAAACCUGCUGGGGUUGAAAGAAGUGAUGCGUAGAUUUUGCAAUGCUUGAGAAGAACAUUGGUUUCUUCUCUCACCUUGUUUCUAAAAAGUUACUAAAUAUAUUUUGUUGAUUUCUUUUAAGAAGUGAUUUAGAUAAAAGGCAGACCACAUGAGAAAGUGGUGAAUCAA